AUGCGGGCGAAGUGCCUGGCUGCGUGGCUGACAUCAACGACCACACCACCCUCCAUCAGCCUCCACCACCCAUGGAUAGCUUCAAUCUUUGCACUCCCUGGAGCGCGUGGUGUGCUCAAUCAUGCGGGCGGCGGCUGGCAAUUGCAAGAGUCAUCAUCAUCACCAUCAUCAUGCAGCCCACCAUUCUUCGUUUCAGAGUCAUGGACCAUGGUCAUAAAGAAGGCCGAGAUGAAGCAAAGCGCAGUUCUGACUCGUGAUUUCAAAGACAUCCGCCGCAGCGACGGGGCCGCGGUGGGUGGCAAGAACGCCUCUCUGGGCGAGCUGGUUAACGCGCUUGUGCCGCAGGGCGUCGCCAUCCCGUCCGGCUUUGCCCUCACUGCGCAGGCAUACUGGGAGUUUGUGCGAACCAAUGGGAUCCGCGAGAACAUUGCGCGCCUGCUCGCGGGGUGGCAGGCGGGCAGGGCGACCCUGCCCGAGACCGGGGACGCAAUCCGAAAGCGCUUCCUCUGGGGGGGAUGGCCCCCUGAUGUGGAGGAGGCCAUCAGGGCUGCGUACCGACGGCUUGCUGCGUCGGAGCGCGAGAACACUCGCGAUGGCCGUGAUGGCCAUGAUGGCCAUGAUGGCAAUGGCGAUGGCGACGGCGCCUUCGACGUCGACGUCGCAGUGCGGUCGAGCGCCACGGCCGAGGACCUACCCGAUGCCAGCUUCGCCGGGCAGCUCGACUCCUUUCUGAACGUCCGCGGCGAGGAGGCGGUGCUGCAGGCCUGCCAGCGCUGCUAUGCGUCUCUCUUCACUGACCGGGCGAUCAGCUACCGGCAGACCAUGGGCUUCGACCAGGUCAGUAUCGCCCUGUCGGUUGGAGUACAGCGCAUGGUUCGGUCUGACAUUGGCGGUGCUGGAGUCCUUUUCUCGCUCGAUCCAGACAGCGGCUUUAACCAGGUGGUCUUGAUCAAUGCUGCCUGGGGGCUGGGCGAAAAUGUCGUGCAGGGGACAGUCACCCCGGACGAGUAUCAUGUCUUCAAGCCGCUUCUGCUGGCGGAUCCCGGCCUGACCCCAAUCAUUGACCAGCGCUGUGGCGAAAAGGCGAUGAAGAUGAUCUACACUCAGGGAAGGCAUGGAGAAGAGGGAAAAGGAUGCACGCGCAAUGUGCCCACGUCCAAGGCUGAGCGAGAGGCGAUGGUGCUGAGCCCGCGCGAGAUCCUGCAGCUGGCACGCUGGGGAUGUCUGAUCGAGCAGCACUACGGCCGCCCGAUGGACAUGGAAUGGGCCCGCGACGGCCUCACCGGCCAGCUGUUCAUCGUCCAGGCCCGGCCGGAGACAGUACACUCGCGCCGGCGCGACCUCGAUGUCUUCCAGCGCCACAAGCUGGUCGGCCCCCGCGGCCGCGAGCUCGUGCGCGGCCUCUCAGUGGGCGACGCUGCGGUUUCUGGGCGUGUCUGCCUGAUCGAGACAGCCGACGAGAUCAGUCAGUUCGUGCCUGGGUCCGUCUUGGUGACGGGGGCCACCGACCCGGACUGGGUGCCCAUCAUGAAGCAGGCUGCCGCCAUCGUCACCGACCACGGCGGACGCACCUCACACGCGGCCAUUAUCAGUCGCGAGCUAGGCUUGCCUGCAGUCGUGGGCGCCGGCCGUGCCACCUACAUGCUGCACUCGGACCAGGAGGUCACCGUCUCAUGCGCCGAGGGCGACGCCGGCUUCGUCUACGAGGGCCUCUCAGAGAUCCGCACCGAGACCAUUGACCUUUCCAGUCUCGCGUUCCCCUCGCCCUCGCCCUCGUCGCACUCGACGCAGGUCAUGCUGAACAUGGCCAACCCGGCCGCCGCGUACCGCUGGUGGCGCCUUCCUGCCAGCGGUAUCGGCCUUGCGCGCAUGGAGUUUGUAGUCAGCAACAGCAUCCAGGUGCAUCCUAUGGCGCUCGUGCACUUCGACGAGCUCCGCGACCCAGCAGCCAAGGACCAGAUCGCACGGCUGACGGCGGGCUAUCGCGACAAGCCCGCAUACUUCGUCGACCGGCUGGCGCACGGGUUCGCGGCGCUGUGCGCGGCCGUGUACCCACGGCCCGCGAUCCUGCGCCUUAGUGACUUCAAGACGAACGAGUACGCUGGUCUCAUUGGGGGCUCGCAGUUCGAGCCGCGCGAGGAGAACCCGAUGCUGGGCCUUCGGGGCGCCUCCCGAUAUUACUCGCCGCGGUACAGGGAGGCCUUUGCGCUCGAGUGUCGCGCAAUCAAGCAGCUACGCCAGACCAUCGGUUUCACGAACGCGAUCGUCAUGAUCCCCUUCUGCCGGACUGUCGACGAGGCGCGGCGCGUGCUUGCGCUCAUGGCCGAGAACGGGCUGGUGCGCGGCCAGGACGGGCUGCAGGUGUACAUGAUGUGCGAGAUCCCGUCCAAUGUCAUUCUGGCCGCCGAUUUUGCCGAGUAUUUCGACGGCUUCUCGAUCGGUUCUAACGAUCUGACACAGCUGACGCUGGGCGUCGACCGGGAUGCCGAGGAGCUGGCCCAUCUGUUCAGCGAGCAGGACCGAGCCGUUCGGUGGAUGAUCGCUGAGGUUAUCAUGGUGUGCCGCAAGAAAGGCUGCAAGAUCGGCCUCUGCGGCCAGGCGCCCAGUGACCGGCCGGAGUUUGCUCGCUUCUUGGUUCAGGCUGGCAUCGAUUCCAUCUCUGUCAGUCCGGACAGCUUCGUCGCGGUGGCCAGGAAUGUGCAGGCGGCGCUUUCUUCAGGUGAAUCUCCAGCCUAG